UGGCAAGAACCUGAGUAGAGCUUGGGCUUGCUUCAGCUGCCUUGUAUGAAGUGUCUCCAUGACAGUUAGUUAGAUGAGCACUAUGUGUGUGUGGAUUGUGGCACUUUUCGGGGUUGCGCACGCUAUGAAUAUCUCCCAAACAACAAGGGUAAUCCCCACAGCGUCAGGGAAUACUACAACAUCUUGGAAAGACAAACCCUCCUGGAAAGAAAUUGCAAGAAACAAAUCUAGACUAGUUACACAACUACUAAAAGGCUAUGACAAGAGGAUAAGGCCUUAUACCGGAGUUUUGCCGAUGGACGUUCGAGUCGAUAUGCUGGUGUCGAACAUCUGGGCGAUAGAAGAAGCACGAAUGGAUUUUACCAUCGACAUCUACCUUCGCCAAUACUGGGAGGAUCCCCGCCUAUCCUUUCCAGAGAACGAGAUACAGAAAACGUUGACAUUAAAUCGACAAACAAUAGAAGAGAUUUGGGUUCCAAGUACGUACUUUUUCAACGCUAAGAAAGCUUACUUCCAUGAUGUCACAACGGACAAUUACUUACUCCAAAUUCAACCUGACGGAAACAUAUUCUAUAGCGUGAGACUAACAGUGACAAUGGCCUGUAAACUCAACCUUCAGAUGUUUCCACAUGACGUACAAACCUGUACCGUGAUGCUGGAGUCUUAUGGUUAUCAAGCCACAGAUGUCUAUUACAAAUGGAAUUCACGAAAUUCCACAGGUGACGUAGUGUACAUUGCAGAGGACCUGGAGAUGCCUCAGUUUAUGAUCACCAAAGUGGAACUGGAAGAGAGGACCAAUAUCUACAAUAUCGGUUUGUCAAGGAUUGUUGUGGAAAGGAGCGUAAUGAAUAUACGACAAUUGGUGAAAGAAACGUAUAUUUUUUUUGUCUGUUUGAAGAUAUUUAGAGUACGGUUGAUGUUAUUUUGUUUUGUUUCAGGGCCUCACUCUGCGCUAGUCGCAAAGUUCACGUUUCACCGUCGCCUUGGUUACUACAUGAUCCAAACAUACAUCCCGUCGAUGUUAACGGUGACAAUAUCCUGGUUCUCCUUCUGGAUUUCGCCAGAUUCGCCACCAGCCCGCGUGGGACUGGGUAUCACAACAGUGUUGACGAUGAUCACGAUUUCAAACAGUGCGCGUGCGCCGCUUCCUAAGGUUUCCUACACCAAGGCCAUUGAUUGGUUCCUUCUCAUGUGCUUGGUUUACGUGUUCGGUGCGCUCAUGGAGUAUGCAAUUGUGAACUUUUACUCGUGUAAAGUUCAGUACAAGAGACAGAAAGACUCAAGAAAAGCUGAAAAAGAGUUUUUAGAACAGGAAUCUGAGAAAGAAGACAAAACCGGCUCGUAUCUGAAUGGCUCGCUCAAGAAAAGUGAAAGCAACGGAAGCUACAGGCUGGCUGUUGUCGUAGACAGCAAGAAUCCAUUUUUUCCUCGAGGGCAACUGAAUAAAAAAAAUCCUAAAUUUAGAUUUGCUCGCCGACCUCGACAAAAGGAAACAGAUGACUUAGAAGAAUGUGAUUCUCAGCCUCCAAAGAAGCACCAUCACUACUUCUGGGACCCUUAUGAAACUGCCUUUAUGACGUCAGAGCCUGCGUAUACUGUGGACAAAUACGCCAGGAUUUACUUCCCUGUCACCUUCGCCGUGUUGAACUCUAUAUACUGGAUUGUUUAUGCGCCAGAUAAAGUAAUAUUCUGAGCAUGCGGGCGCUGAGGCGGAGGCGUUGUUUCAAUCUCCCACGUCUUCACAGUGAACUCGGUCUGCAUCGACCAAGAGGGAUGAUAGCAAGCCUAGAGACCUGGGGCAUGCAUGGCAAACAAUACGUCACAAGGACCCCAGUCACUCGACUCUUUCAUUGCCAAGCUGUUAUAAUUAGUUAGAGAUCUCUCGAUUCCGGUUUGUUGCAUUCCCGCUAACCUCAAGAAAUAUAGUUUGAGAUUUGCCUUUUGCCGAAAUGCUGUGAUCAAAGCUCAAAUUAAACACGAAGAGAACACCGCCAACGUGACCACUGAACUAAAUCACGUGACUGUCAGAGUGUUUCUUGGUUUCCAGAGUGGAUCUUUAUUCGUCUCACUUGCUACUUGACAAUGUGUUGACAAUGGCUGUGUGAUAAGAUGUUAACCAACUUUGGGAAAUGAAAGAGAAAAAGUACUUUCACCAAAUUGCCUCGAUAUGGCUGACCUGAAUAUUAUUUCGUUUCUUCGGGAACUGCAGUACGGAAUCACUAAAAUGCAUGUGAGAGACGAAUAGGUAUGAUAAAUACUGACAGAGAUCCCUUUGAGAAAGCUUUUAAUACAAAAAAAAAUGAGAAUUUAUGAAUAAGUUUAAAGAGAAUUAUUUAAAGAUGAGAUUAUUUUAUAUUGAUAUCUAAUAUCCAAUCAAUAAUAAACACAACUGUUAAGUAGCCUGCGAAUAUAAUGCCGACGGUACUUCGUUUUCACACUACGUGAAACAAGAUAAAAUGAGCCCUGGUGGCUUGAGUUUCGAAGAACUGAAGUUCAAUUAUCAGUGAAAGAGAUCUUCUAUCUUUUAACACCAGAUGAUUAUCAAAUACAGAGAAAUGCUGAGAUUUUACGACGGUCCGUCUCUGGUUCUGACCUUGUUAGACAUGAGUGGUAUUUAAUGGUAAAUCAAUUUCUUUUUUGAAAUUAAUUUACAAUAUUUGUUCAAUUUUUUCUCAAAACCACUCACACAGAACCUGACUGCUAUUGUACAAAAAAAUUAAAGAAUCUUUCAGCUAUCUGUAAUAUGUCUGAUAAAUAUUUGCAGGUUUAGCUAGAAUUUAAAGUGACAACAUUUUCUGGAAAAAAGAACAGAUUUAUCGUCUCAUCAGUAAAUAAAAACCUGUUUACAACCAA